CCUUUAUCCUCUUUUGUCUGUGUGCGUGUUUGUAGGAAUCUUCUUCCGAAAAUCCUUCAAAGUCUGGCUCUGAAUCAGUGCCACUGCUGGAGUUUUCUGAGUCUGAGCCGUCUUUGACAGAAAAGGCAUCACCGCGAGCCUUCAUCCAGCAGUUUUCAAUGGACUUUUGUUUUACUCCGUCCCAAGAUUGUUUUAACUAAAUAAAUAAUUUCCUUCAUGUUUAACUGUUUCAGGAAUUCGGAAAUGCCUGAAGAUGUGCAUGACACGAUCGCCAAAAUCAGCUCCCGUUGAUAAUUGUUUUUAAAAUUCUGAAUAAUGCCCUGGUCUAAAGGUUGAAUUUUUAAUGUUGUGUUGAAUGGGUGCAGCUGUAGACAAUAGUGUAAUAAUGUUGAGAGUUCCAAGGAAAUUUUCACUGAAUGUCCUGAAAGCAUCAAGUUUGUGCAAUGAGUGUACGUACUGCAAGUGGGCAAGAACGAUGGUUGUAAAAAGACUAAAAUCACAAGAAUGUCAUCAAAGAAAUUACAGCUUUCCAUCAGGAGAUGUCAAAUCUUUGCGUUCUAUCAUUACCCCUCCUAUAUCUAAGAUCCGUAACAUUGGCAUCAUGGCUCAUAUUGAUGCAGGGAAAACUACAACCACAGAGAGAAUGUUAUACUAUUCCGGAUACACAAGAGCACUGGGAGAUGUCGAUGAUGGGGACACAGUGACGGAUUUCAUGGUACAAGAGCGAGAACGUGGCAUUACCAUUCAGUCUGCUGCUGUUACUUUUGAUUGGAAGGGCUAUAGAAUGAACCUGAUUGACACACCAGGUCAUGUGGACUUUACAGUGGAAGUUGAACGUUCCCUGAGAGUGUUGGAUGGGGCAGUGGCUGUAUUUGAUGCUUCAGCUGGUGUGGAGGCACAGACUCUAACAGUAUGGCGACAAGCAGACAAGCAUCAUAUACCACGAAUUUGUUUUUUAAAUAAGAUGGACAAAAAUGGGGCAAGUUUUACUUAUGCUGUUGACAGUAUCAAGCAAAAGUUGAAGACAAAACCUUUGCUUUUACAGUUGCCAAUUGGUGAGGCCAAGACCUUCAAGGGACUGGUUGAUGUAGUGACCAAGGAACACAUUAUUUGGAACCCUGCUUCUAGUCUGGAUGAUGGAAAAGUUUUUGAGCAAAAACCCCUGACAGAAACUGAAGAUCCUGAAUUGUUAAAGGAUGUCAACGAUGCAAGAAAUGCCUUAAUAGAACAAGUUGCAGAUCUGGAUGAUGAAUUUGCUGAGUUGGUUCUAGGAGAUUUUAGUGAAAAUUUUGACUUACUACCAGCUGAUAAGUUACAGUCUGCUGUACGUAGAGUAACACUGGCACAGAAAGCAGUACCUGUGUUCUGUGGAAGCGCAUUGAAGAAUAAAGGAGUACAGCCUUUACUGGAUGCCAUUACUAUGUACUUACCUGCACCUAAUGAGCGUUCCUAUGACUUUCUGCCAUGGUACAAAGAUGACUUGUGUGCCCUAGCAUUUAAAGUUCUUCAUGAUAAACAACGUGGGCCAUUAGUUUUUAUACGCAUUUACUCAGGCACAAUGAAACCUCAAUCAGCUGUAUAUAACAUCAACAAAAAUUGCACAGAGAGAAUGAGUCGCCUUCUGCUGCCUUUUGCUGACCAGCAAAUAGAAAUACCUUCACUAAUGCCUGGCAAUAUUGCCCUAACUGUUGGGCUGAAACAGAGUGCCACUGGAGACACCAUUGUUUCAUCAAAGGCGUCUGCUGUGGCUGCAGCCCGUCGAGCUGGAAGAGAGGUUGGGAGAAAGCCUGGCGGUAACAGUGAAGUAGAGAGCCUUUUAUUAGCUGGCGUAGAGAUCCCCGAGCCAGUCUUCUUUUGUACAAUAGAACCACCUUCGAUGUCCAAACAGCCAGACUUGGAUAAUGCAUUGAACUGCCUUCAGCGUGAAGAUCCAAGUUUGAAAGUGAAGAUAGAUCCUGACACUGGACAAACUGUUCUCUGUGGCAUGGGAGAGCUGCACAUUGAGAUUAUUCAUGACCGAAUCAAACGGGAAUAUGGCAUUGAGACCUAUCUAGGACCCCUUCAGAUAGCAUAUAGAGAAACCAUCCUAAACUCGGUCCAAGCCACAGAUACGUUGGACAGAACGAUAGGAGAUAAACGGCACUUGGUGACCACCCAGCUGGGAGUAAGACCAUGGGUAGGAGAGAGAUCAUCAGUAACACCAGUCAUUGAAUAUGCUGACAAUUUCAUGGAACCACUUCAGAAAGACAUUCAAGAAGCUAUAGAAAAUGGAAUUAACAGUUCAUACCUUCAAGGACCGCUCCUGGGAUUCCCAGUUCAGGAUGUAGCAGUGACUGUGUAUUCCAUGACCAUGCACUCUGAAACUUCCCUGACUAUGAUUUCUGCUUGUGUUUCUCGUUGUAUGCAAAAGGCUUUGAAGAAAGCCAGUAAACAACUGCUGGAACCCUUAAUGAAUCUGGAAAUUACAGUGAGCGAAGAUCUCCUCAGCGCAGUGCUUGGUGACCUUGCGCAGAGAAGAGGCAGCAUUCAGGAAAUCCAAAUUCGUCAAGAUAACAAAGUAGUGAUUGCAGCUGUUCCCCUAGCAGAAAUGAUGGGUUACUCAACAGUUCUGCGCUCUUUAACAUCAGGCUCAGCAACUUUCACUUUGGAACUAGCCAGUUACCAAGCCAUGAACAUUCAGGAGCAAAGCGCACUGCUUCAGAAGAGGAGUGGGUUGGUGUGAUCACUUUUACUCCAUGGGAGAACAACGAAGACCUGCUUUAUUCUCACUAGAAAAUGUUAGGGGAACUGUUUGCCAAGUAUCCUCUUUCUGAAAAAUGGGUUGGGUAAAGUGUGUGGGGUUAGAACGGUCUUAAAAUAACAUGCUACGGCUGUCCAGUGGUAAGUGGCAAAGAAAAAAGUGCUGUGAAAUCCUGGAAUUGCCUUGUUUGCAUGAAGGGAGUUAAACCAGAGAUAACUAGAAUUGACUGUUUUGAUAUCCACCAUAUUCCGUGUACUACACUUCACAUGCCUAACAGUUGGAGCUGAUACCUUACUGGAAGACAACGUUCCAAAUCCCCUACAAGAAAUGAUGGUGCAGCUCUUUCUGUGAAAGUGAGCACUACAUGCAACUUACUGAAUCAUGUCAGAACUGUUUCACCUAAAGUAUGUAGUAAAACUUGUUUUUAAAACAUUUAAUAUUUCACAUAUAAAAGUAAACUUAACUAUUGGCCACUCUGCUAGUCAGCGUCUUCUGUUGGUCUAGCUUCAACUGAACUCUGAAAGCUGCUAUUGUCAUUUAAGCUGUCCAAACAAGAAUUACUUGCCUUAAUGUUAGAAUGUUGUAUGGUACAGGGUAGGUAGCAUAUAAGGUGAGUGAGCCCUGUGUCAGCUUAAAAGCUUAUGUCUUUUGCUAACAGAAGUUGGUCCAAUAAACAGUAUUGCCUCA